AAGGAAGAGAGAAAGAGGACGGUGGAGCAAACGGGAUCGAGACGGAGGGCUCGCCGGAUAAUUUAUUGCGGUUAACAUCUUCCAAAAAGAAGAGAGAGUGAGAGUUUAGAGACAAAUUUUCUCCGAUCUCACCGGAUCAGACGCUGUAUUGUGUCAUAUCCGCCGCCUAGUUUUGAAAUCUCCGAGCUCAAAGAGGUGGAUGGGCCAUGGCUGAGCCGGAAUCAGUAAACGGAGUGAAAGAGAACAAGUUAUGGAAAGGUGUAUUCGCAGUUUCCGGCAUUAUGUCUACUCUUGUUAUCUAUGGUGUUCUUCAGGAGAAGAUAAUGAGAGUUCCUUAUGGAGUAAACAAGGAGUAUUUUAAGCACUCUUUGUUUCUUGUUUUCUGCAAUAGACUCACUACAUCAGCUGUCUCUGCUGGUGCUUUACUGGCAAGCAAGAAAGUUUUGGAUCCUGUAGCUCCAGUUUAUAAAUAUUGCCUUAUAUCAGUGACUAACAUCUUAACCACAACAUGCCAAUAUGAGGCUCUCAAGUAUGUGAGCUUCCCAGUCCAAACUCUUGCUAAAUGUGCCAAGAUGAUUCCUGUAAUGGUAUGGGGAACACUCAUCAUGCAGAAGAGGUACAAGGGCUUUGACUACUUAGUGGCUUUUCUUGUGACCCUUGGCUGUUCUGUAUUUAUUCUUUUCCCGGCCGGAGAUGAUGUUAGUCCAUACAAUAAGGGAAGGGAAAAUACUGUUUGGGGUGUUUCCCUUAUGGCUGGUUAUCUCGGGUUUGAUGGCUUUACAAGCACAUUCCAAGACAAACUUUUUAAGGGAUAUAAUAUGGAGAUACAUAACCAAAUAUUCUACACAACACUUUGUUCUUGUGUUCUGAGUUUCACUGGACUCAUAUUGCAAGGGCAUUUACUCCCAGCUGUAGAUUUUGUUUCUCUGCAUAGGGAUUGUUUACUCGACAUCGCUCUGCUUUCCACAGUUGCAACAGCAAGUCAGUUCUUCAUUUCUUACACAAUUAGGACAUUUGGUGCUCUAACAUUCGCUGCAAUCAUGACGACGAGACAGCUUGCAAGCAUCAUGCUCUCAUGCAUUUGGUUUUCUCAUCCUCUUAGCUGGGAGCAAUGUAUCGGAUCGGUCAUCGUUUUCGGGUCUUUAUACGCGAAAACCUUAAUGAACAAGAACAAAAAAUCACAAACGCAGCCACCGCCUCCAGAGCUUCCUCAAUACCAAAAGGCUGAGAACUCUUAACGGAAUAUUUAACACCAUUAAGAGGUUUUUGCUCUUGAUAUAUCCCUCGGAACAAAAGAAAAGGAAACUAGCCUUUAGGGAACUGAAACUAGGAUUCAUAUUAUCUAUUUGUUUCAUCUUUCUAUAAAAUUUUGUUGGAGAGUUAGUUAUAUAUCGUAUUAUGAAUAGAUGAGUUUACUCCUUUGUGGAUGAAAUUUGAGUUUCUUGUUGGUUA